GAGAGGCUGAGUGGAGGCUCGGACAGGACUUCAUUCCAGGACUGUAGUCCACUUUAUUCCGGGAGUUCCUCCAGUUUAUUCCAGAACUCUAUUACAGUUCAUUUCAGAACUUUUUUUCCAGUUUGUUGCGGGAUUUUAUUCCAGUUUAUUCCGGGAUUUUAUUCCAGUUUAUUCCAGGACUUUAUUCCAGUUUAUUCCAGGACUUUAUUCCAGUCUACCCUGCAGUUCUUCCAGGACUUGGUUCAUUGUGGUCCAGGACUUGUCCCAGCAGGAUGUCCCUCCGAGACGAGCUGCUGAAGUCCAUCUGGCACGCCUUCACCGCUCUGGAUGUGGACAAGAGCGGAAAGGUGUCCAAGUCCCAGCUGAAGGUCCUUUCCCACAACUUGUGCACAGUGAUGAAGAUCCCCCACGACCCCGUGGCCCUGGAGGAGCACUUCAAAGACGACGACGAGGGCCCCGUCUCCAACCAGGGCUACAUGCCGUACCUCAACAAGUUCAUCCUGGACAAGGUGACGAACAACUUCGACCAGCAGGACUUCCACAAAAUGUGCUGGACGCUGUGUUUCAGGAAGAACCUGCAGCAGGGCCAGCUGCUCAUCUCCAACGAGGACGCCUUCAAGAUCUGGUGCAUCUUCAACUUCCUGUCGGAGGACCGGUACCCGCUGGUCAUCGUCACGGAGGAGAUCGAGUACUUCCUGCGUAAGCUGACGGAGGCCAUGGGGGGCAGCUGGGUGGAGGAGCGCUUCGAGGACUACAAGCUGCAGCUCAUCUCCAAGCAGCAGUGCCUGAGCGCCUGGGAGCUGAUCGGCCUGGUGGGCUCCGGCCACUUCAGCAAGGGCAUGGACCGCCAGACGCUGUCCAUGGGCAUCAACGAGGUGUACCAGGAGCUCAUCCUGGACGUGCUCAAACAGGGCUACAUGUUGAAGAAAGGUCACAAGAGGAAGAACUGGACGGAGCGCUGGUUCACGCUGAAGCCCAGCUUCAUCUCCUACUACGUGAGCGAGGACCUGGCCGAGAAGAAGGGGGACAUCCUGCUGGACGGAGGCUGUGCGGUGGAGCCUUUGCAAGAUAAAGAGGGGAAGAAGUGCCUGUUCAUCAUCAAGUCGGCCUAUAAGAGCUUUGAGAUCAGCGCGUCGGACAAGAAGAAGAAGCAGGAGUGGAUCCAAGCCGUGCAGACCUGCGUGGGGCUGCUCCGGCAGGGCCGGCCGGCGCCGCACCGCGAGGCGCGCCAGAAGCGGCGCGAGCUGCGGCUGAAGCAGCAGGCGGAGCAGGAGGAGCUGGAGCUGCGCAUGAAGGAGCUGCAGACCGCCAACGAGGCCAAGCAGCAGGAGCUGGAGAACAUGAGGAAGGCUCUGGAGGAUGCAGCAGCGAACGCCGCAGAGGAAGAGAAGCGGCGCCUUCAGACCCAGGCCGAGCUGCAGGACCGCUACAGGACGGACCUGGAGAGAGAGAAACUGGUACGGCAGCAGAUGGAGGAGCAGGUGGCCCAGAAGUCCACGGAGCUGGAGCAGUACCUGCAGCGGGUCCGGGAGCUGGAGGACAUGUACCACCAGCUGGAGGACGCCCUGGAGGCGGAGAGGAGCGCCCGGCAGGACGAGGAGACCGUCCGCAAACUGCAGGCACGGUUGCUGGAGGAGGAGGCGGCGAAGCGGGCGGAGCUGGAGCAGCUGCACCUGCGGCAGCAGCACGCCAUCUCGCAGACGGAGGCUGAGAAGCAGCAGCUGGAGAAGGAGCGGCUGGCCAAGGAGAGCGCCCUGCAGGCCGCCAUGGCUCAGCUGGAGCAGCUGGAGAGGGAGAGGGAGGGGGCGCUGGAGCAGUACCAGACGGUGAUGAAGAAGCUGGAAGACGCCACCAACAACACCAAGACCUGGAAGCACAAAGUGGCUCAUCAGGAGGGGCUGCUGCGGCUCAUCCAGCCAGGCUCCAAAGGACCGCAGAUCUUCACAAACUGGGGUCCGGCCGCCUUCACUGAGGCCGAGCUCAGCAUGAGAGAGAAGACGUGGCAGGACAUGAAGAACCAGGAGACCCAGGCCCAGUAGACCGGACCCCCCACCCGGACCUGCACCCGCACCCCCAGGAGACCCGUCUGGGUCUGGAAGUGUUGCUUUUCUUUCAGCCGGUUAAAGAAAGCAGGUUUAACAUUAACGUUUUACACCAGUUAAAUAAUCCAAGACUCUUCUUCUCUCAAACCGUAGUUCAGGUCCGCGGCGAGCCGAUCCUCAGGGUCAGGCUUUCCUUUUUCUAAUCACGGUCUCCUCUCAGAAACUGAACCCCGACCCCGUCACACUCCGGGAAGCCCAGCCUGGAUUACCAGCACGCACACACACACACACACACACCCAUCACCUGGAGGAGCGGUGUGUUUUGUGACAGGAGCAGCUAAAGCAGACGCUCCGACUCCCCAGAGACCAUCAGACCACAGGUCCGUCUGGAAGCCUGUUCAACCUCCAGGAGAAACACACACCUGCCUGUGAGUCCAGCUGCUGCAUGUUUCACCUGAGAACAUGAAGUCUUGUCUGCGACCGUCCACAUUAAAGGAAGAUUAUUUUAUUUUUAUGGAAAGUAUCAGGAAGAUGGCUCAACUGAUGAAUUACUAAAACCUUUAAACUCUGUGCGUGCGUGUGUGUGUGUGUGUGUGUGUGUGUGUGUGUGUGUGUGUGUGUGUGUGUGUAAUAUAAACAUCAUGAUAUACUAAAAAAAAACCCACAAA